CAUCAUUUCGAGGAAAAACAUCAUCUCCCGACAUGACUUGAAUCGGUGGACGAACUACCAACUGAUGAGAUUAGUUGGGUGUUGAAAUCACCUGUCAUUGACAGAUGAAGACAGAUUUCUGAGGGGAGGACGAUUAUCGAGACAUGGAAGAGGUUCAGCAGAACAUCGAGGAACUUGUCCAGGAGCUCAGGGAAGUUGUCAAGCUCAAGGACGAGUUCAGGGAUUUAUCGGAUAUCGUGAGGAUACUGGAUUGUUUAGUUGAUGCCAGCAAGAAGACCAUUGCUGAUGAUUUCGAGUUCGAUGUUGAUGAUAUGUUCCUCAAACUCCUCAGCCACGAGUCCAAAGUUAUAGUAGCCAAGAGUGCGAAAGCAAUAGCCGAAAUAGCAAAGACUGAGAGCGGAAGACUCAAAUGUACCAAUGAUAAUCUAGUGAAAACACUGAUGGAUUUGUUGAAAGGAGAUGAUGUCAACGUUCUCACCCAGGCGUCAAGAGCUCUGGGGAAUAUAUGCUACGAGAACGAGCAGGGGAAGAAGCUGGUGCAGAAAAAUAAUGGCCUGCCCUAUAUUUUGGGGGUUUUGCGACGUGGUGUGAGGCUGGAGGACAACGAGAGGGCGAAAUUGCUUCGAAAUGUUGCUGCUGGCUUCCUCCUGAACUAUCUCGACGACCAGGAGCCCCUCCAGAAGAAAACCCUCGCCGACGAUCUUGUUCCAAUCGUCUGCGAUGUCCUGGAGAUCGAUGGAAGGACUGGAGGAGAAGCUGCAAUGCACGUUCUCCUCACUCUCGAGAUACUCAACGACUCUGGGAUACAAUUCCUCGAUGAGAGGCUGACGAAAAUUCUCGUGGAGAUCCUCGCAGGGGAAUCCUCCUCGGAGAUGUCUCAGAUGUGUCUGGAAUUACUCCAUGGACAGGCAGAGAAUGAGAAUGCCAAGAUGUUGCUUGCAAAAGCUGGUGUCUGUGAGUUACUUCUCGCCCUCCUCGAGAAGAAUGUCACCAGGUGCGUCGACGAGGAGACCCGAGGUGUCCUGAAGACUGCCUGCAACCUCAUUGUCCUGAUAAUAACCGGCGACGAGAGCAUGAAUUAUCUUUAUGGGAACAGCAACGGCGAGGUGUACAAAAAACUCGUCUCCUGGUUGGAGGACGACUGCGAUGAGGACCUCCAGGUGGCAGCCGUCCUGGCGAUGGGUAAUUUUGCCAGGACAGAUGCACAUUGUGAGCUCAUGGUGCUCCAGGGUGUCCACAAACGACUGAUGGAACUCCUGAAGAAAAAUAGUAGCUGCGAUGGGGACAUCAGGUUUCAGCACGCACUACUCUCUGCUGUUCGAAAUCUAGUCAUUCCGAAUAAUAAUAAACCAGUCAUGCUGAGGGAUGGACUGAUCGACGUCGUGUAUCCCAUGCUGGAGAUACCCACAUAUCCAGUUGUCUUCAAGCUCCUGGGAACGUUGAGAAUAGUCAUCGACGAUCAAGGUGAGGCAGCGACUUUAUUAGGGAGGAAAGAGGACUUGGUGAAGAAAGUCAUCGAGUGGUGCAGCACUGAGGAUGCCCCAGGAGUCCAGGGAGAGGCAAAUCGUCUGAUUGCAUGGCUAGUGACAAACAGCAGAGACAAAGAAGUCGUUUCGUUAUUAAUUAAAAAUGGUGCCGUUGAGUUCCUCUCGAAGAUGAUUAUUGCACCCCACGCCCUGAUGCAGAACGAGGCCCUCGUGAGUCUCACUAUCAUGACAGCAAUGGCCCUCGAUGAAUGUCAGCCAGAACUCAUUAAAUUUCGAAUCGAAGACACCAUAAUUAAAUUUUAUCGAGAAAGUGUCGCCAACCUGCAGCCCCCAAUCGUCGAAAACGCAAUAACUUUCAUGAAUAUUAUGAUAAAAUCAGAGGCUCUAAAGGAUCAUCUGAAGAGCUCAAAGCUCCCUGAAGCUCUGGAGGAGUUCCAGACCUCGGAAAUAAACAUGCCAGACGAAAAAACCAAAACGAAACUCUUUCUCAACGCUCUGAACUGAUUCAUAAUUUCCACUUGAAAAUCGAGGAUCGCUGCCACAACACACGUCAAUCCAUUCCACUCUCCAAAAAUCUAAAAACUGAUCUCAGUGAUGGGAAUUACAGGAUAAAUCGAGGUGACAUCGAUACUGAAUUGUGCCAAUUCCACAUAAAUAAUCAAAAUUCAUCUAUUUUUAUUACGAGAAAAGGAACAAUUGUGCAUUUUAAUUAUUAAAUUGAACGAGUACUGUAUUUUGUCGUUUAUAUAUACAGCCUACUGUGGAGUGUACUUUAUUUAUCAAAUAAAGAAUAUUUUAUUGAUGUACAUAA